GAUACUCGUACAGCCCCUACAGACCCAGUCACGGAGCUCACACUCAACCCGGUGCAAAGCAGUAAUGUUUUUGAUGAGGAGGUUGCUGAUAUCGCUCAGGUACAUUGCGAUAGCGAAUUGUUUGAGUUUGAGUUAAGUACUAGUCCGCCGUGUGUCAACGUCAAGGGAAAUCUUCGUAGAAACUUCGAAUUUUGGAAGCAUAUUAGAGCCCCUAGUUUUAUUCUUAACGUUAUAGAAAGGGGAUUUUUGUUACCUUUCGUUAGUUUUCCGGAACCAGCGGUUUUCAAAAACAACAGAUCGUCUCUUUCACAUGCUGAGUUUGUUGAGGAGGCUAUUCAGGGCUUAGUUGAGUCGGGUCGUGUUGUGGAAACCAAUUGCUAUGUACCGCCCCGGGUGGUCAACCUCUUGUCCGUAUCUGUUCAAGCCAAUGGAAAGAAGAGGCUUAUUCUUCAUUUGUAAGAUACGUCAACAAGUUUNGUCACGGAGCUCACACUCAACCCGGUGCAAAGCAGUAAUGUUUUUGAUGAGGAGGUUGCUGAUAUCGCUCAGGUACAUUGCGAUAGCGAAUUGUUUGAGUUUGAGUUAAGUACUAGUCCGCCGUGUGUCAACGUCAAGGGAAAUCUUCGUAGAAACUUCGAAUUUUGGAAGCAUAUUAGAGCCCCUAGUUUUAUUCUUAACGUUAUAGAAAGGGGAUUUUUGUUACCUUUCGUUAGUUUUCCGGAACCAGCGGUUUUCAAAAACAACAGAUCGUCUCUUUCACAUGCUGAGUUUGUUGAGGAGGCUAUUCAGGGCUUAGUUGAGUCGGGUCGUGUUGUGGAAACCAAUUGCUAUGUACCGCCCCGGGUGGUCAACCUCUUGUCCGUAUCUGUUCAAGCCAAUGGAAAGAAGAGGCUUAUUCUUCAUUUGUAAGAUACGUCAACAAGUUUCUUUGUAAGAUGCAUGUUAAAUACGAAGACUGGAAAACAGCUAUGUCUUACUUCUCGCGGGGGGUGCAUAUAUGCUUUUCUUCAACCUGAAAAGUGGGUACCACCACGUUGAAAUUUUUGAGGGCCAUCAAACAUAUCUUGGUUUUUCCCGGAAGCAUUCCAAUUCCAAUCAAGUGAAGUUCUAUGUGUUUACAGUUUUACCUUUCGGAUUAUAGUCUGCCCCUCACGUGUUCACAAAAAUUCUUAAGCCUCUUGAGAAACAUUGGAGGCAUCGAGGCAUUUGCGUUGCUGUUUUUCUUGACGACCGAUGGGGUAUUGAAAAGGAUUCUCAAGUGUGCAGUAUUGUAGCGGAUGCCGUUAGAAAUGACCUUUUUAAGGCGGGUUUCGUUACUAACGAGGAUAAGUCAAUGUGGAUACCUCGCCAGAAGCUUGAUUGGUUGGGUAUCACUUGGGACAGCGCUCGUGGAACCAUUGAAAUUGUUGAUAGGAGGGUUGCCAAAAUAACUUGUACCAUUGACAGUAUUAUGGACUCCGAUUUUGUUCUUUCUGCCAGAAGAUUGGCCUCUUUUACAGGGCAGAUAAUUUCUACAGCGCCUGUUUCAGGGAACAUUUCUAGGAUCAUGACUAGGCACUGCAUUAUGUCUACAUUAAGCGCGCAGCACUGGGACGCGAAAGUUAAGAUGGAUUCUUAUUGCAUUGAGGAGCUAUAUUUUUGGAGAAACAACCUAAAUUCCAUCAAAGUGCGCGAUUGUUUUCCCUUUAAUAAGCCACAGCGUUUCGCCUAUUCCGAUGCCAGCGCUACAGGGUGCGGUUCAGUUAUUACCCGUAAUGAGGAUUGUGUGUGUCACAAGCUUUAG